CAAAAUCUCCUUUUAGUGCUUCUUUAGAACUACUAGCAGCUCAUAAAUGGAGGGUCUUCUUCCACUUGUGUUCAGAGCAAUCAAGAAAAGCAGAACUCGCCGACAGUAUCACUGUCUUUCAACCGGAGCUUCUCUCAGCUACAUCAACAUGGCCGAGAUCUGUCCUCAGACUGAAUCUCAAAGCCAUGUCUAUGAGACAGCUCCCACCCAGAAAGUGGCUCAUCAUCAUCAUCUUUAUGCAGGGAACGACCAUGAUCAUCGUCAUCAUCGGCGACAUAAAUCUGUGGGAGACUUCGAUUAUGGGUUUCCGUCUGCUCACGAGGACAGAACAGACCGUGGCUCUUCCCCUCCGAAGCAGCUAGUGCGAUUUGGAAGUCAUAGAAUGUUUUCAUGUGUCAAUGGUGUCUAAGGUUGAAGCACCUUAUUGAUUUGCAUAUUUAAUAAAAAGGUCGAAGGUUUAACCUCGAUCCCAGUAAUGUUUCUUCUGUGAACUCCUUUCUGGGUUGAAUUAUAUCUGCACUUUCUUUCCGCUUCAGAGAUUCUUGCUAUGCCAAGAUUUUUGGCUAUCAUUCAACAAAA